GGUCCUGCAGAGCACAUGGUGAAAGUAGAUAAUUUGACAAAUGUCCAAGAAUUUAUCCUGGAAGGAUUUCCUGCUGUCCAACACCUGGGGAAACCUCUCUUUAUCGUCCACUUGCUUUUGUACUUAGUAGCCAUCAUGGGAAGCAUCGUUAUUGUCACCAUCACAUGGGCUGACCGCUGCCUCCAAACACCAAUGUAUUUUUUCCUAAGUAACUUCUCUUUCCUAGAAAGCUGUUUUAUAACAACUGUUAUUCCCAAACUGCUAGCAAUUUUCCUUUCAGGAAUGCAAAAAAUUUCUUUUGCUGCCUGCCUCACCCAAAGCUUUUUCUUUCUAUUUUUGGGGUCAACAUGCUUCUUCCUUUUGGCUGUGAUGUCCCUGGAUAGGUAUAUGGCAAUCUGUAACCCUCUACGUUACCACAGCAUCAUGAACAUGAGAGUCUGUUUCCUUUUAGUCUUAUCCUGCUAUGUUUUGGGUUUCAUACUAAUCAUUGGUCCAAUCCUAAUGGUCUCUCAGUUAUCUUUCUGUGACUUUAAUGUCAUCAACCAUUUCUUCUAUGACCUAGGUCCUCUGGUGCAUCUUUCAUGUUCUGACACCAGUACUGUUGAAUCAUUAUUCUUUUGUCUUUCUGUAGUUAUCAUCCUAUCUUCCCUCACCAUAACAGUCAUAUCAUACAUCAAUAUAAUAACUAUAAUAGUCAAUUUUCCAUCUGCCAAAGAGAGACAGAAAGCCUUUUCCACCUGUUCUUCCCACCUCCUUGUCCUUUUUCUGACAUAUGGAAGUUGUGUUUUUAUAUAUGUGAAACCAAAGCAGGCUGAUAGACUAGAAGACAACAAAGAGGCAGCGCUUGUGAACACUGUGAUCACCCCUUUGCUGAAUCCUUUCAUUUAUACACUACGGAAUAAACAAGUCAAAAAGGCAUUGAGAGAUGCUCUAUACAGAAUGAAAUCCAUGAGACAGAGUCAAUUUUAG